AUGGCCGUCAAGCAGGCAUUUGUGAAGUGGUCAGACGCCUUCCGAGCAAAGUUGGACAAGGUCGCCAAACCCGGCAAGCAGCUAGAUGUCGUCAGUGACCAGCUGCAGUGGCUGAAGGACUGGAGCGAGGAGUUAGCCACCGGCCGCAAGCUACUCAAGCAGCUCGAACAGUGUUUGCCACCAGACUCUGGUCGAGAAUACAGAAACCGGUUCAGUGUUCUCGAACACGAGUACCACGAGUCCUUGCUCGCGUUUGACUGUUGCAUGGUGAACUGGCUUGAAUUGAAGAGUCGGUUCUCAGAGGUCGAUCGUAGCCUCCUGCGUCUCGAAGGCAUGGUUUCUGCCCCUGGCAAAAGUUCUCCGCGAAUCAAUGAUGUCGAGGUUCGUCAGAUGGGUGAAGAUUUGCAGCUGCUGAUAGAUACGUAUCGAGAUAUAGUUGAAAUGACUGGACCGCUUAUUAAUGAAUGCUUUACCAUGCGGUGCCGCAGUACGCGGAUGCUGUUAGACACGUUAGUGACGAAGUGCAACGCUGCUAUCGAUGGGCGAGUGGUGACCACGAAGUCGCCGGUGGCAGAGGCGGUAGUGGUCAUCGGCCUGCCUGUGACGACGACUGCGGCGACGACCGGUGGUCAAAUCGGCAAGGCCUUCUCAGAAACAUCGCCGUUGCGCAACGGAACUCUAAGCGGGUUGCAAUGCAGUGAUGACAAAGAGAAACGCCGUCCGACGGCGGUGGGAACAGUGUCAGCUGCCGAGGUGAUGCACAAGCCGGUUCCAGAAGUUGCUGCUCCGCCAGGUUUGUCCGGUGCCAAAUCUAGUCUUCUCAGCGUUUCGCCUAAACAAGUAGUUCAAAGGUUGGUUAGCGUCAACCUAGUAAAGCGCGCAGGAACGUCGAGCUGUGCAUCGACUCAGUGUUUGCUACCACUGAUUAGACGCUUAUCGUGUACUCUUGUGUUACGCCACGUAGUGGAGCGGUCCCUGAUGACGAGCAUCACCAAACGUGAAGUUAACUUCGACACCCAUAUCAACCGUCCUUAUGCGGCCAAGGGUGUCGCUGCAUCUGCCACCUUUGUAAUCUGUGAUCAAAACGUCGAGGUCGACAUGGUCAAGCCGCAGGAAAAGUCAGCUAUCGCAUCUGGGAGCGUUCCGUCGGUAGAACAGGCGAAGACCGAUUCAAUUCCGUUGACCACGGAUCAAAAAGAGGUAUAUGCUCGUGACGACAUGAGCAAAGCGAGAGGUUUGGCCAGUUUGGUGAAACAACAAGGCAUUCUUCAAGCAAAGGUUAAUUUUCUAUCAAACGAAAUGCAAGAAAAGUUACUGAAGUAUCCAACGAAAAGUGUUUGCUCUUCUACAGCUACCGCAUUGCCUGUUUCUUUCGAUCGAUCGCGCCACAAAGACGAUAAAGUCAAGCGACAACCCGUCGAACAAGCUGGCACUUUGCCGCCAUCAUUGAAGGAGCAAAUGAGUAUUCUUCGUUACGAUGAAACAUCCGAAAAGCUUAUAGAGACACGCGCAAAACAGAAUUCUUCCGCAGUGAGCGUGUGCGUUUCUCUCUCACCUCGGUCGACGUCGUCGACCGAGGUCGUGUCUUUGACAGCGCUCGCUCCUUCGUUGCUCGUUUCUAAGAUUUCCGUUUACACUGCCGUUCAAGAAAUGACGACUCUUGUCACCAUCGACGGUACAAAGUCUUUAUCCGUCUCUAGUAGCUCUGAACACGUAGCAAGCAUCAGCGUACCGAAACAUGUGCCUCCGGUACAAACGGCCCUCUCUGACGUCUCUGUGGGAUGUGAUUUAUCGAAGCCUUAUUCGGGAGUCUCCGGAACAAGCUGUCACAUGGUUGCAGCUCCGUCAGAAGAAAACGUCGCUCGGGUGGUAUCCGUUGUGGCUGACGACAAGUUAUGGAAGUUUGGCUUGUAUACCUUUUAUCAGACGCUGGCGAACAAAGUUCAUCUGUUGGAUUUGGAAACGCAGAGGCAAAUUGCUUCAGCAGCGCAUCGCGCUGUUUCCUCCGCCGUAGUAGAAAGCUCCGAACUUGGCGAAGUUCCCAUUGCGACUACUGCAGCCGUUCCACAACUGGCGGCUGAACUAUUGCAUGUCGAAAAUCAGUAUCACUUGUUACGGUCGUUGCGUUGUCCGAAGGCGAAUACGAGCGACUUGCUUAAUCAGUGUAAAACUGACAUACCUUUGACGGAAGUAGCUGGUCGUACGCCAGCUGUGCGGAGCACCGGUCAUAUAACAAAUGUCGAUCAAGUGAAUGGCAUUGAGGAAAAUGUUGUGAAGGCCGAGGAGAUGGACAGUGAGCAGCAGGGCAGUCGGGUGAACGCGACUACCAUCUCUCCCGCUGGCCCCCUUCUGAACAGCAGUAUGACUCACGUGGAGAGAGUGGUGUCGGUUCCGACCGCCAACGAAUUGCUG